AUGAUCGCCACCGGUGGCCUACUGAGGAUAUCUGCUCGAAAGCAGGACCCCCUCCGGCCGCCCAGCCAAGUCCCUAAGCGCAAGAGGAAAGCCAAGAAGAGGCGUAAAAACGACGUGGUGGUGGUGAAAGGCAAGCUAAAGCUGUGCUCCAUCUCGGGGCUUAUUGCCCUUUGCGGGAUCCUAGUGCUGUUGGUGGGCAUAGCUAUGGCCGUGGUGGGCUACUGGCCAAAGGCCAGCGCAGCCAGCAGAGGGGGCAACAAGCAGCUACUGCCUGUGGCGAGUAGCCAUCGCUUUGGGACCGCUGGCAACAGCAGUGGUGUCAGCAAAAACCCGACCAAGAGCCACUCUGGGACCCCAGGGGGUGUCAACUCCAGCUCUGUGGGCGGGCCCAGGAGUUCGCCUCCUACUAGAUCUACAACGGCAUCCUCUGCCUCCUCCUCCACGUCGGUGGGCUUCUUCUUCCGAAUCAUCUCAGGCUACUUGCACUCUGACAAGCUCAAGGUCUUUGGGCCCCUCAUCAUGGGUAUCGGCAUCUUCCUCUUCAUUUGCGCUAACGCGGUCCUCCACGAGAACAGGGACAAGAAGACCAAGAUCAUCAACCUGCGGGACCUCUACUCGACUGUCAUCGACGUGCACAGCCUCCGCGCCAAAGACCUGGCGCCCCCCCCCCCCCCCGCCGCCGCCGCUUCCUCCUCCUCCACCGCCGCCACCCCAGGCUCUGCGCCCCCGAGGGCAGCGCCGCUCAAUGGUUUUCUCAGCUAUGUGCAAUCCCGGGGCCUGGAGCUGAAGCCUGGCAGCUGCACGGGCUCUGCGGAUGCCUUCGGGGCUACUGGAAUGCUGGCCAGAGGCUCAUGGCCCCACCCCCCCGGGCCGGCCGCCACGCCCUCUCUCCCUCUGCGCCCCGAGGACUCGCCCCGGGUCCGUCGGGACUCUCACAGCUCUCAGUCGGAUGAGCAGUCCUGCAGCAAUAAGGGCUACACCCCCCUGAGCGAGGCCGACACCUCUGUGGAGUCGGUCGUGGACGUGGCGGCCAGGAAAAGGCUGGACUGUGCGGACGCCACCACGGAUCCUGGUACCGAGCCCAGCUCCCCGGAGGGUCCCAGUCCGGAGACAAUUGGGGCGGAGCAGCCUUUGUCUGUGCAGAGGCAGUUUACAAACAAGGAGAAACUCUUUCUGAUUUCCAGGUCUCACACUCCAGGAGUAGUGGAUCCGGAACUGGAAAACUCUUCUGCCUAG